AUGCAGCUGCGGCCUCUUCCGGUGCUCUCGGAAAACGAGGAGAUCCUGUCGCGGACAACGGGCUCCUUCUUUCUGCCUAUAAGUCGUUUAAAGAUGACCAAGCAGAUUAGCAAUCCAGACAACUCGUCUUCCGCUUUCCAGCCACGCCGCCGUCGCGCAGGAGGGAUACAUCGCUUAUGCGUGGAGAACGGGGAAGAUUGCCUUGGGACUGGGCUCAUAGUAGAAACUCAGCGGAGACGAUGCGAGUGUUCAGAACAAACGGCGACACACGACCCGAAGCGCGUGGUUUACCUGGAGGACGACGCUGCGUACGACAAGGCGCAAUUCUUGAUCCCCCACCACUACCUCGAUAGCGUCAAGUCGGUGCUGAUCCCCAAGGGCCUGGUCGAGGACCGCGUGGAGAAGCUGGCGCAGGAUAUCCGCUACGCUUACGAAGGUAAGACCGUGCACCUUCUGUGCGUACUCAAGGGCGGCAGCGCCUUCUUCCACGCACUAGUGGAGAAGCUCCGCUUGUUCCACAAGUACAACAAGUGCGACUACGUGCCCUUCACCUUCGAUUUUAUCCGCGUCAAGAGCUACGAGGGAACGAAGAGCACGGGCAACGUGCAAGUCUCCGGCGCGGAUCUGGCCAAGUUUAAGGGCAAGGACCUGCUCCUCGUCGAGGACAUCAUUGACACGGGCAAAACCAUGGCCAAGCUCGUCCCCAUGCUCAAGGAGUACGAGCCUGCGUCGGUGCGUGUGGCCAGUCUACUGGAGAAACGCAACCCGGAGAGCUGCGGCUUCCAGGCUGACUUUGUGGGCUUCAAUAUCCCCGACCAGUUCGUGAUCGGCAACUGUCUCGACUACAACGAGAUCUUCCGCGACCUCGACCACAUUUGCAUCAUCAACGAAGCUGGCAUCGCCAAAUACACCUCCAGCUCAUAGACAGACGUGCUGUGGCCUAUAAACAGCCCCUACAGAGGAUUAGGACAGGCUCAGCUUGUGCCGUGCAAAACCACAUCAACCU